AUGGUCAUAAUUUGCCCACAGUUGGAAGCCCAUGGAGCUUGCACCGAUCCUCAGUGCACAGGAUACCAUGACGUCCACCUCUGCGAGUUAUGUGGUAUUUUAUGCACGUCCACUAAGUGCUACGAAGAGCAUUUAGCCAGUAAAAAACAUCGCCGUAAAUUGGCUGGCCAUGAUGGAAGCCAAUACCAAUGCACUAUUUGUGACACUCUUGUUGUCGGUCGCAAGUCUUGGGAUCAACACCUCCAAGGAAAACGACACCGCAGAAAAGCAGAGAAGAAAGGUGUACUCCCUGAGGUAGCUCCUGUUAUUCCUGAGGCGUUCCCUGGCAAGGUAUUCUGUGGUAUCUGUGACAAACAGAUCCCAGAAGGCUUGUGGCCUUCUCAUCCUCGAUCCCCCGGACAUCGCAGGAAGGAGGGUUACACUGCGUUCAAAACUGCCCUCGAGGAAGCUGAAAAGGACAAACGUGGCAUCGUUCUCUCGGAAGGAUUAGAUUUUGGGAUUAUGGAAAAUGCUGAUGCUGCGCGAGGGGCAUUACGAACUUUGACAAUAGAAUCCACGGUGCCCUCAUCGCGAGUUACCAUUAAGACAGUAUCUUUGUCCUCCUCGUUCGUGGGCAGGCAAUCUCCGUUUGCUAUUACAACCACUGCGGAAGGGGCAGUAUUAGCAUAUCGUCGUCCGACUGCAAUUGGUGUACGGUUUUCAACACCUCACUCUGGGCGCAUGGAUGAUCGUCUCGAAAUCAUCUUCGAAGACGCAGCACUGCGUGUAACCUUCGUCAUCGCUAGGCCACUGAAGGCCAUUGUGGGCAGCCAAGCUGAUUAUGAGUUAUUGAAACCAAUUGCUCCCUUCCAACCUCGUCGGCAAACUCGUACGCAACCCGAGACGCAGGUGGUGUCGGGUGUCCCUCCAACUUCCAAUAACAUCAUCCCGUAUACUAUCAAAUUGCCUAAGGCGCAGAUAUCGGCGUCACUCUUAGCUGCAUUAUCGGAAAUGUCAUCUGGAAAGGCGCUGGACCACAUUAGGAGAGUCUUCCUCCCGAAGGUCAUCAAUUCUUCAACGUAUUCGCGCUACUUUAAGACACUGCUUUGGAUAGAGGAGCACCGCAUGGAGCAUGAUUUGGAACGCUACGAUAUUCCUGAUGCUCAGCUAGAACGUCACGGAGUGUAUUAUCAUUUGCCCGUUCCCGGGUUGGCGGAAAAACGCCCAAGUGUUUUGAUUGGGGAUCGUUUUCUUGUCCAAAAACAUGGGGCUGUCGAAGGCCAUUGGUAUGAAGGCCAUGUCCAUUUUGUUCGACAGGCGUCCGUCGGGUUACGAUUCGACAAGUCAUUUCGUGGCUGGUCUCAGCAACAGCGGUAUACCGUACGAUUCAAGCUCAACCGCAUUCCUAUGCGCCGUCAACACCAGGCGCUGGACACCGCAUUCGCAUCCGAUAAGUUUUUGUUCCCUCGAAAGGCCCACAUUUUACCGCUUGCCCCUCGUCCUGGCGUAGGCCCUAUUAAGCCAUUUAAUGCAUUGAUUGCUACGAACCCGCCUCAGCUUCAAGCUGUCACAUCUAUCCUUCUGCAGCAACGGGGUUCAGCGCCGUUUGCCAUUUUUGGUCCCCCGGGUACUGGCAAGACUAUAACAAUGGUGGAAGCCAUGAAACAGCUGCUCAAGCAUAAACCAAAUACACGUAUUCUUGCCACCGCACCCAGCAACUCUGCUGCUGACAUCAUUGCAUCCCGCCUCGCGUCCACCCUCGGAGCUGACGAACUUUUCAGACUUUAUGCACCUUCAAGGCCCUUCGACCUAGUCCCAGAUGAGUUGCAGCCCUACACAUACAAAAAGAGACUGGAAGGCGAAGACAAGAGCUGCUUCUCUGUCCCACCCAUCCCAACUCUUAAGGAUUUCAAAGUUAUCGUGUGCACAUGUGUCUCCGCAUCUAUCACGUACGGUAUUGGCAUCCCCCGCGGACAUUUCACGCAUAUUUUCGUUGAUGAAGCUGGUCAAGCGACUGAACCUGAAGUGAUGAUCGGGAUCAAAACGAUGUCCGACAAUACGACGAACAUUGUCUUGGCAGGAGAUCCGAAGCAGUUAGGACCUAUCGUUCGAUCUAACACUGCAAGGCAGCUUGGGCUGGAGAAAAGCUACCUCGAACGUCUAAUGUCGAUGGAUGCAUACGAAGCUCAAAGUGGUCAUGGCCUGAGCGUCGUCAAGCUCGUGAAAAACUUCCGGUCACAUCCCGCGAUCUUGAAGUUUCCCAAUGAGCGAUUCUACAUGAAUGAUCUCGAGUCCUGUGGCAAUAAGAACAUCAUACGCGCUUUCGAAGGCUGGACAAAGCUGCCUUCAAAGAAAUUUCCGAUUAUCUUCCACUCAAUAUCCGGAAAGGAUGAUCGCGAGGCUUUGUCACCCUCGUUUUUCAACAUUGAUGAAGUUACUCAAGUUCGCAAAUAUAUUCAACUCCUCCGAGAUGAUCGACAGGUCAGAGUGGCUCACAAUGAGAUUGGCGUGAUCGCUCCCUACCACGCUCAAUGUGUUAAAAUUCGCAAGAUGCUCAGUGGCGUGGCUGACGAGGUCAAAGUCGGCAGUGUAGAAGAGUUCCAGGGUCAGGAGCGACGAGUCAUUAUCAUAUCGACGGUCAGGAGUAGCCGAGAUUUCGUUGAGUUUGAUCUCAAGCACACCCUGGGCUUCGUUGCGAACCCGAGGCGCUUCAAUGUUGCUGUGACUCGAGCACAGGCUCUGCUGAUUGUGGUCGGAGACCCAAACGUCUUGUCCUUAGAUCCCCUUUGGCGGUCGUUCCUGAACUAUGUCCACUUGAACGGCGGGUGGGCUGGUCCUGGUCCGACAUGGGACACGACAGAGACAGUAGAUGAGAGUGGCGAAUAUGAUCAACAUAUUCGAGCGGCUGCAAUGACGGAUAUGAAUCUGCUUGCUCGGAGGAUUGAGGGGGUGGUGUCGGAGAGUGUGCAGACUGGCACGACCAAUGAAGAUGAUGACGACCACGAUGCAAACUUUGACAAGCCGUGGAGGGAACUGGAGUAG